CCUUGCUCUGAGAGAGUUGCAAUCUUGUUGGCAGAAACUCAUUGAAAGUUUUUAAAACACCGAUCCAGAUUUUAGAGAAUAUCCCGGUUUGUGAAUUCUGAUCGCCAUCCAUUUAUAGUGAGGUAACGUGCCGAGGACCGUGGACGAGAAGAAUGAACCGAGACUUUUGGAGAUCCCCCUGUUGGGAGGAUGACGAUGCCCCCAGUCCAGAUAUUAUAAACGACUUCAGCGGCGACGAGGAAGACGACAACUACGACCGAAAUGAAAUAGACAACCCCCCGAGCCCCCCGGGUAUGACGAACAAUCACAGUUGUCAGUCAUCUCGAGAACAGGGUCCUGGGAACAACUGGGGAAGUGCAAGUAGCCCUAUCAACCCAGGAGGUGCAAAUAGCACCAUCAACCCUGGAGGUGCAAGUAGCACCAUCAACCCUGGAGGUGCAAAUAGCACCAUCAACCCUGGAGGUGCAAAUAGCACCAUCAACCCUGGAGGUGCAAAUAGCACCAUCAACCCAGGAGGUGCAGGCAACACCAUCGACCCUAGAAGCAGUAGUAGUAGCACCAUCAACCCUGGAGGUGCAAAUAGCACCAUCAACCUGGAGGUGCAAGUAGCACCAUCAACCCUGGAGGUGCAAAUAGCACCAUCAACCCCUGGAGGUGCAGGCAACACCAUCGACCUAGAAGCAGUAGUAGUAGCACCAUCAGCCCUGGAGGUGCAAAUAGCACCAUCAACCCUGGAGGUGCAAAAUAGCACCAUCACCCUGGAGGUGCAAAUAGCACCAUCAACCCUGGAGGUGCAGUAG